GACAUUCAUAUUUAAGGACAAGCAAGGCUUUAGGAACAUUAGUUGUGAGAGAAAAUAGGGUGAGAGAAAAUGCCAGAUAUGCGAAACAAAAGGAAGAGGACAGAAAAUAGACUGGAAAGAAGUGGAAGAACCUGUUUCCCCAGGUCAAAAGAGAGAUGGCGAAGUGUUAGCAAACACAACAAGAGUUUGACAGGUCAAGACAGAAUGAGGGAAAUAACUUAUACAGAGGGGGAGAAAUGGAUCCACUAAACUGGUGUAACAACAUUACGAUAGACUCCCUGGAUGAGGGAGAGGGGGAGAAAUGGAUCCACUAAACUGGUGUAACAACAUUACGAUAGACUCCCUGGAUGAGGGAGAGGGGAGAGGGGGAGGAAAUGGAGUGAGAAACGAUGGGAGAGAAAGAUGGAUGUAGUGCAGGUGAAGAGGGCGGAGUUGAGACAACACUGAAUGUAUGACUUAGACAAACACAGAGCUACACAACACAGUUAUCCCUGGAGCCUCACAAUCCCCCUGAGAGGAGAGAGAAUGGGAGAGAAACCACGACACUAACCCUGGACUACACACACUGACACACAACAGUAAUACCUGGAGCCUGACAAACCCCCUGAGAGGAGAGAGAAUGGGAGAGAAACCACAACACUAACCCUGGACUACACACACUGACACACAACAGUAAUCCCUGGAGCCUGACAAACCCCCUGAGAGGAGAGAGAAUGGGAGAGAAACCACAACACUAACCCUGGACUACACACACUGACACACAACAGGGAAAAUGUAUGAAAUGUGUUGGUUUCUGUGACGGAAAGGGCCAAGGAUUGUAUCACUGGAUUGUUAAGGUUUCUUAAGGUCUGAGGCACACACACACAGAGGGAGAGAGGUAAGAUGACUACACUGUGUGUUUACUUUGUCUAUGUGAUUGUUUUAUAAUGAUUUCUCUGAACUAGAUAUUGGUUCCAUUACUGUAUACUGUAUAUUCGAGAUGGAGAUUGUUUGUGUUCCUCUGCUGAGUGUGUUUUACCGGUUUGUCUAUGGGUGUGUGUCAUUGUGCUUUACCUGGUUGAAAAAAAUGCAGCUGGACAAGUUAAAUAAUCACUGCACUGACACAAACAUGUGAUUAGGGAGAUUUAUUUUCCUUGUUCGUUUGUCUUUUGGAGGAGGUGUUGGGAUAAAACAGAAGUCCAAUUCCAGUCUUAAUUCACAUCACAGGAUCUGAUCUAGUUAGUCCACUAUAAACAGAGGAUCUGAAACUCACUAUUACUGGCCAUCACGUGAGGACGAUGUUGUUCAUCAUUCAUGUGAUUCUUGCGUUCUUGUGUUUUAAUGUUUAAGCAGGUUAUGUGUGUAAGUGUGACCUUUCCUCAUGGGAAAAAAAGAAACAGAGGAUGUGUUACGUGAAUAUUCCUCUCCCAGGCACUGAGCUGUCUGCCACUGAAACCUUGUUUUAAACCUGAUUGAACCAGUGAUUCGUACAGGAUUUCAGAAGCAACAUGACUCGGUUGAAAUGUGAAAGUUCAAGACAAAGUAAAUGUGGGAAAUCUCAGCACAGUUCCCCUGGGAAGGUCUACAAAAAUGACUCAAUGUCAACCAUUUCAUCAAUUACAUUGGUUAUGCACUGUGAUCAAGAAAUGUAAUGUCACCUCUUGACAUACGGUACCAGUUUGAACACGCCUACUCAUUCAAGGGGUUUUCUUUAUUUUUACUAUUUUCUACAUUGUAAAAUAAUAGUGAAGACAAAUGCUAUUUUAUAUUUGAGAUUCUUCAAAGUUGUCACCCUUUGCCUUGAUGACAGCUUUGCACACUCUUGGCAUUCUCUCAACCAACUUCAUGAGGAAUGCUUUUCCAACAGUCUUGAAGGAGUUCCCACAUGCUGAGCACUUGUUGGCUGCUUUUUCUUCACUCUGCAGUCCAACUCAUUCCAAACCAUCUCAAUUGGGUUGUGGUCGGGUGAUUGUGGAGGCCAGGUUUUCGGAUGUAGCACUCCAUCACUCUCUUUCUUGGUCAAAUAGCCCUUACACAGCCUGGAGGUGUGUUGGGUCAUUGUCCUGUUGAAAAACAAAUUAUAGUCCCACUAAGCGCAAACCAGAUGGGAUGGUGUAUCGCUGCAGAAUGCUGUGGUACACAUACUGGUUAAGUGUGCCUUGAAUUCUAAAUAAAUCACUGACAGUGUCACCAGCAAAGCACUAUCACACCUCCUCCUCCAUGCUUCACAGUGGGAACCACACAUGUGGAGAUCAUCCGUUCACCUACUCUGCAUCUCACAAAGACACGGCGGUUAGAACAAAAAAUCUCAAAUUUGGACUCAUCAGACCACAGGACAGAUUUCCACCGGUCUAAUGUCCAUUACUCGUGAUUCUUGGGCCAAGCAAGUCUCUUCUUCUUAUUGGUGUCCUUUAGUAGUGGUUUAGUAGCAAUUCAACUAUGAAGGCCUGAUUCACGCUGUCUCCUCUGAAUAGUAGAUGUUGAGAUGUGUCUGUUACUUAAACUCUGUGAAGCAUUUACUUGGGCUGCAAUUUCUGAACUCUAAUGAACUUAUCCUCUGCAGCAGAGGUAACUCUAGGUCUUCCUUUCCUGUGGUGGUCCUCAUGAGAGCCAGUUUCAUCAUAGCGCCAGAUGGUUUUUGCAACUGCACUUGAAGAAACGUUCAAUUUUCAGGAUUGACUGACCUUUAUGUCUUAAAGUAAUGAUGGACUGUUGUUCUUGAAGCUGGUUGAAAGAAUGCCAAGGGUGUGCAAAGCUGUCCUCAAAGCAAAGGGUGGCUACUUUGAAGAAUCUCAAAUAUAAAAUAUAUUUUGAUUUGUUUAACACUUUUUUGGUUUCUACAUGAUUCCAUAUGUGUUAUUUCAUAGUUUUGAAGUCUUUGCUAUUAUUCUACAAUGUAGAAAAUAGUAAAAUAAAGAAAAACCCUUGAAUGAGUAGGUGUCCAAACUUUUGACCUGUACUGUACAAUGUUGUAACCUACAAGGCCUCAUGUUUUACCCACUUUGCCUUGCUUUGUUGUUAGAAUGUCUUCAAUGUCAGAAGCAGACUCCCGCUGUCAACCAGGAGACACCAUCUGUAAUAUCCGUGUGUACGAGCAAGAAGUGAUCAUCGUGCCCAUCCUCCUAUUGGCUAGCUUCCUGGUCGUGCUGGUCUUCAUCAUCCUGCUACGGUACUGUCCUGAGAAGGUGGACCGCAUCCGACCACAGAACACUGUGGCCACGUCCAGAUCACAGCGCUCCAGAAGACAACUGCACGGCAUUGAUGCUCCCCUGGGUAUCAACCCGCUGGAACAUGAGACUAUUGCUCUCGAUACCCCCUCCUACUCUACCUUCUCAUCAACUCACUCCCACCCCUCCUCCAACCGUCUCUCCUUCUCCAUGAGGACUCCCUCUCUCCCCCCUAUCCCCCCACCCAAGACCUUCAUCCCAUCCUCUCUGUCCAGCCCCCUGCCCCAGGCGUUGACACCUUCCUUCACCCCUAUGGUCCAGCCCAGGGAGCUGCCUCGCCAGAGGCUGCCAGAGUCCUUCAACCUAGUGGCCUCGCUGCCCACAGCCUUCUCCCUGCGCUCUGACAAGGCUGUCUCUCUCUACAGGGCCCGCAUGGACAACAGGAACGCUGUGCUCCGAGUGCUCAACGACUCUGCGAGCGCCACAGAGAGGCACAACUUCCUGGGCUUUGCUUCCUUCUUGUCUCAGUUGGGGCCACACCCCUUCCUACCGGAGCUUCUGGGCGUGGUCUCUCUGCGUGUGCCCCUAGUUACCGUUGUUGAGGAGCUAGAGAACAGAGAUCUGCUCAGCUUCCUGUGGCGGUGCAGACAGGAUGGUGUGGGCGGGGAACCUCCAUGUGAGAUCACAGAGAGACGUAUAUUUACCAUGGCCAAACAAGUAGCCUCUGCUCUGGAGUUCCUCCACAGCCGAGACCUUCUUCAUGGCAACAUCUGUGCUCACAGUGUAUUGGUCAGCCGGGAGCUGACGGCCAAGCUGUGGGGACUGGGCGGGGUCUACACCAGGAAUACCCAGGGAGCUACUAAGACUGAAGUUCCCAGCUUGAAGAAAUGGCAGGCCCCUGAGCUAUUGGCUAGGAGGCCUGCCAAUCAUAGCAGUGACGUCUGGUCGUUUGGCAUCUUGUUGUUUGAAAUGGCAACCUUGGGUGAUGCUCCGUUUUCAGAUAUCUCCGUCAACGAGCUUCUACAGUUUCACCAGAGAGGGAAAACACUGAGAAAGCCAGCCAACUGCUCCAACUCACUGUACUCCAUCAUCAAGGCCUGCUGCCAAUGGAAGGAGCAGAAUCGCGCCACGUUGGCUGAGGUCGACCGCAAGCUCCAAUCAGGAGAGAAGAGUGCCAACGACAAAGUCCUCAAGGUGCCUGAGCCAAUCAACAUCGAGCAGUACCUGCAAGAGGCUGGAUAUGGGGAGUCCAACAGCUACACUGUUUUCUGAGUGGCGGCUGUGCCGUCCAAUGAAAUGCACUAUGCCGAGGGACGACGGUGGAUGUUUAUAUAUGUAUGCCUCCAUUCAUUUGUCACGCCCUGGUCUAAGUAUUUUGUGUUUAUCUUUAUGUAUUGGGUCAGGCCAGGGUGUGGCAUGGAGUUUUUGUAUUGUGGUGUGUUUUGUCUGGGGGUUUUGGUGUGUAUGUUAGUGGGAUUGUAGCUUAGUAGGGUUUUCUAGGAAAGUCUAUGGCUGUCUGGAGUGGUUCUCAAUCAGAGGCAGGUGGUUAUCGUUGUCUCUGAUUGGGAACCAUAUUUAGGCAGCCAUAUUCUUUGGUUGUAUUGUGGGUGAUUGUCCUUAGUUGUCCUUAGUGUCUUGAUGUCCUUAUUCGGUGUUAGUUUGCACCAGUUUAGGCUGUUUCGGUUUUCAUUACAUUUAUUGAUUUGUUGAGUUUGUGUUUGAUUCGUGUUACGUUGUUUUAUUAAACAUGGAUCGAAAUCUA